GGCGGGCGCAGGCGCAGCGGCGCGCUCACCUGUAGCAGGUGCUCAGAACCGGGAGCAGCGGGGAAGACAGCGGCUUCUGCGGGGGUGAUAAGAUGCUGCGGGAGCGGACGGUGCGGCUGCUGUACGGGAGCCGCGUGGAGGCGGUGUACGUGCUGGGCACGCACCUCUGGACCGAUGUCUACAGUGCAGCCCCUGCCGGGGCCAAAACCUUCAGCCUGAAGCACUCGGAGGGGGUGAAGGUGGAGGUGGUCCGUGACGGGGAGGCCGAGGAGGUGGUCAGCAAUGGCAAGCAGCGCUGGGCCCUCUCACCCAGCACCACAUUGCGGCUCAGCAUGGCCCAGGCCAGCACAGAGGCCAGCAGUGACAAGGUCACCGUCAACUACUAUGAUGAGGAGGGCAGCGCCCCCAUUGACCAGGCUGGGCUCUUCCUCACAGCCAUCGAGAUCUCACUGGAUGUGGAUGCGGACCGGGAUGGCGAGGUGGAGAGGAACAACCCUAAGAAGGCGUCCUGGACCUGGGGUCCUGAGGGCCAGGGGGCCAUCCUGCUGGUGAACUGUGACCGAGACACACCCUGGUUGCCCAAGGAGGACUGUAGUGAUGAAAAGGUCUACAGCAAGCAAGACCUCAAGGACAUGUCUCAGAUGAUCCUGCGGACCAAAGGCCCUGACCGCCUGCCCGCCGGGUAUGAAAUAGUCCUCUACAUCUCCAUGUCGGACUCGGACAAAGUGGGCGUAUUCUACGUGGAGAACCCGUUCUUCGGCCAGCGCUACAUUCACAUCCUGGGCCGGCAGAAGCUCUACCACGUGGUGAAGUACACGGGGGGUUCUGCGGAGUUGCUGUUCUUCGUGGAAGGCCUCCGUUUCCCCGAUGAGAGCUUCUCAGGCCUGGUCUCCAUCCACGUCAGUCUGCUGGAGUACAUGGCAGAGGGCAUCCCACUGACACCCAUCUUCACAGACUCGGUGAUGUUCCGGAUUGCACCGUGGAUUAUGACCCCCAACAUUCUGCCUCCCGUCUCCGUGUUCGUGUGCUGCAUGAAGGACAAUUACCUGUUCCUGAAAGAGGUGAAGAACCUGGUGGAGAAGACCAACUGUGAACUGAAGGUCUGCUUCCAGUACAUGAAUCGUGGAGACCGCUGGAUCCAGGAUGAAAUCGAGUUUGGCUACAUUGAGGCACCCCACAAAGGCUUCCCAGUGGUGCUGGACUCCCCUCGAGAUGGAAAUCUGAAGGACUUCCCUAUUAAGCAGCUCCUGGGCCCAGAUUUCGGCUAUGUGACCCGGGAGCCCCUCUUUGAGAAUGUCACCAGCCUCGACUCCUUUGGGAAUCUGGAGGUCAGUCCCCCCGUGACGGUGAAUGGCAAGACAUACCCUCUUGGCCGGAUCCUCAUCGGGAGCAGUUUUCCUCUGUCUGGAGGCCGGAGGAUGACCAAGGUGGUGCGUGACUUCCUGCAGGCCCAGCAGGUGCAGGCUCCCGUGGAGCUCUACUCCGACUGGCUGACUGUGGGUCACGUAGAUGAGUUUAUGACCUUCGUCCCCAUCCCAGGCAAAAAGGAAUUUCGGCUGCUCAUGGCCAGCACCUCAGCCUGCUACCAGCUCUUCCGAGAGAAGCAGAAGGAAGGCCAUGGGGAGGCCGUUAUGUUCAAGGGCCUGGGGGGAAUGAGCAGCAAACGCAUCACCAUCAACAAGAUCCUGUCCAACGAGAGCCUCAUGCAGGAAAACCAGUACUUCCAGGUGAACAUGAUUGUGCUGGACAAGGACCUGGGCAUCCCCAAGCCUUUCGGGCCCCAGAUAGAGGAGGAGUGCUGCCUGGAGACACAUGUUCGAAGCCUACUGGAGCCCCUGGGCCUUGCCUGCACUUUCAUUGACGACAUCUCUGCCUACCACAAGUUCCUGGGAGAGGUUCACUGCGGCACCAACGUCCGCAGGAAGCCCUUCACCUUCAAGUGGUGGCACAUGGUGCCCUGACUGGCAGGGGCCCUGGCCCUCCCUCUUCCCCUGUAAUCUCCAGGUCCUUCCUGUGCCCCCAAGUCCUCUUGUGCCUUGCUGUCCCUGGAUAAGGGCCUCAGUGUCCACUGGAGUCACCCCCAGUAAGCCCAACCAUCCCCCUGGAAACAGCUGGACUCAUGGCUAGUGUGCAGAGCUCUGGCAGGUAAAACCAGACUUCAUGUAGUCAGACCAUUGCUCAAGAAUUCUCAGCCUCUGUUCUAGAUCAGAAUGAAGGGAGAGAGAAAGGAGACUCUGAGGUCACUGGGUCUUCCAGCACCAUUCUCUGAUAAUCAAGGUAGACCGCGGGGCCAGGGUCCACCGCAGACCGCGGGGCCAGGGUCCUGGUGGACCUUGGACAGCACCAUCAUCUCACUUUCGCCUCCCUCCAACCAUUCAUUCCUCAUUCACCUUCUCCCGGCUUCCUGGACACAGUCCCCAUUCCCUGAGGGUCCAAUCGUUCUGCUUAGAAUCUUCUGGAAAUAGAUAUUAGCCAAAGAGAGUCCUUCACCCGCUGUGGAUGCAGGCUGCCCAAAUUUGGGGAGCUGUAGUGAUAGAUUGUGUACCCCAAUAAACUUGCAUGGGGAUUGGAGGACAGAGCCAGCCACUAGAUUAGACAUACAGGCCAGACAGUGGUAGCACACACCCUUAACCCUAUCACUCAGGAGGCAGAGGUCCAUCUGCCACACUGGAAACGGAGCCAGGCAGUGGUGGCACACACCUUUAGGGGGCUCUCUCCCCAGACCAGCAUCUGCGGUCCAAAGUUCAGUAUGUAAAGAUGCCCUCAUCUAUCAAUGCUAUUACAUUUCUUAUCUGGUCCUCGAUUCUCUAGCCAGUCCAUGGGCCCCUCUUCCCACCAUCCUUCCUAUUCUGGACACUGUCCCCUCCAGACAGCUACAUAGUUUCUUUGCCACUAGCCAGAUUUGGACCUUCCCAGAGCCUGAGAAAUGACCUAUCCCUCCUCUUGGAUGUUGGCCACAAUGUCCAAGGCUGCUGAUCAGGCUCCAGCCUCAGCAAUCAGUUCUCAGCCAGCUACUGCCUGGGAGAUGGAAUUCCCCAGCACACUUUUCCAAGUCCUUCCAUCCAGAUACAGGUAAAUGUGUCCUCUGCUUCAAUUAGAAAAGUCCCCGGAGCUGGAGAGCUCCACAAUUAAGAGAACUUGGGAAAAGGACCCAAGUUCAAUUCCCAACACUCAGAACUGUCUAUAACUCCAGAUCCAAUGGAGCCAAUACCCUUUCUGUCCCUUGAUGGCACUGCGCACAUGUGCACAUAGCCAUAUACAUAAUUAAAAAUAAAAUUUUUUAGGGUAUGGAGAGACGGCCCAGUGGUUAAGAGCACUUGCUGCUCUUGCAGAGGACCUGGGUCCAGUUCUUAGCACCCACAUGGUGGGUCACAACCACCUAUAACUCCAGUUCCGGGAGAUCUAACGCUCUUAUCUGACCUCCAUGAGCUUCUGCACACAGAUGGUACACAUACAUACACUCAGGCAUGCACACAUACAAGUAAAUAAUAUUUGAAACAUAAAAUUAUUUAGAUAAAGAAGGUCCUUUAGGGGCAGGAAUAUGGGAAAUAUUAAUUCUGCUUUGAAGGGUUAAGCAGUCCCAUUUUAUAACGAAGAAAGGGUUACAGUCAUACAUUCUUAAGGAAACAGGAUUUUUACCUUGGAUUAUUCCCUUGGCUAUGCAAUCAACAUUGGUUGCAUGCUACUGAGCAAUAAGCACAGACUUGGGCUCUGACAACACAAGCUAGCCAUAGACUCGGCUUGUCCCCGACAGGCAAGAUCCACAUUUUAACCCUUUGCCCUUGCCGUGGUGGGCUCUUUAGAAACACUACCCAGUGUAUUGAAAAAGCAUCCAGGACACCAGUCACUGCCUGGAAGAAAUAAGAGUGUGUCUUCUGUAAACAGACCCCUGGCCUUUCCAUCCAGCUGGGCCUCCAGCACCGUGUCUGGUCAGGCCACAGAGCCUCCAAAGCUGUCAUCCUCCUGCCUCUGCAGAGAGUGGCCCCUGCCCUGGGGGUAAAGCCCCAAAUCCUGCCUCCAGCUCUAGAGCAGAAAACACAUGCACCUUUCCGGGGGAGCUGCCGUGGGGAUGUGGAGUUUGACAUGUGUGGUGUUCAGUUAGAGUGGCUUUGUGGUUUUUAUUUUUAUCUAUGUUAAGGGGAAGUGAGCGCCUCCCUCUCGGAGGCUGCUUGUCUUUGUAGAUUGUGCUAUGGUUCUCCCUGGCAGCGUUGGUUGUUUCAGAAAUUUCUGGAACUCCAGGACUCAGACACUGCCUGUCCCAUCACACUUACUCACCAGUGUGACUCCCUCCGGUGUGACUCCCCUCAGUGUGACAACUCCCAGUGUGACAACCCCCCCCCGGGGGGGACCCCUUGCUCUUCCUCACCCCCACUUUCUUUAACAUGGGCCUAGGUGCUUCUGGGCUGUGCCAGUUCCUGUUUCAGUGUCGAUUUUGAAACAGUCUGUGAAGGGCAGAGGGAUGGUGUGAAGAUGGCGAGAACCAGGCAGUUUCAGCUUCCUGGAAAAGGAGCCAAGAUGGAGACUGUAAAGUGUUUGGGGAAGAGCCGAAAUAAAGAGCAAUAAAAUGAA